AUGCCCCCGGUUCUCCAGAAUGAUGCAUCACCUUUUUACAUGAAUAGCAUUAUGAAACGAUUCGGCCAUCAUUUAUCCACAGAUCAAACGCAACAUCUCACAGGCCGUAUGGCAGCAUCAUUGCAUAGUGCUCCUGAAGGUUCAAGUUGCUCUUUACCACGUUCCAUUAACGAUGGCAACAAGGAUCAAGAAAAGAAGGAAUUAUCAAAUUACCAUCCACUUCACCAAGCUCCUAUCAAUAAUGCAUCUUCAUCUUCGUCAUCAUCGGUCAAUCAUCCAACACAACAACAAGCAUCCAAGAAGCAAUGA